AUGAAUAGUCCAGAUGUUAUCAUUGUCGGUGCUGGGCCAUCGGGGAUUGCUUUGGCACACACCCUCAAACACCGAUUAGGGUACAAUGACUUUACUUUUUACGACAAAUUGGAUGGCCCGGGUGGAACGUGGAGGCAAAACACAUACCCCGGAGUAGGUUGUGAUGUACCUACGCUACUUUACUCAUUCUCCUUCAACCAAAAUCCAGACUGGUCAAAAGAACUAUGUGAAGGGCCCGAAAUCCUCGAAUACAUGGAAGCAACGGUCGACAAGUUUGAUCUCCGGAAGCACAUGCAGUUUGGCGUUGAAUGUAUUUCCGCGGCUUGGAACAGUGAAGGGUUUUGGGAAGUUCAGCUCCUUGAUAUCAAGACGCAAGUUAAAUAUACCAGAACCGCCACCGUCUUUAUCUCUGCUGUUGGUGGCAUUUCUAAACCAAGAGACAUCAAAUUUUCCGGGAUGGAGAAAUUCAAUGGAGAGGUUUUCCACACCGCACGAUGGAAUCACGACUUUGACUACCGCGGAAAGCGACUCGCGGUGAUCGGUAACGGAUGCAGCGCAGCCCAAGUGGUUCCUGCCAUCGCGAAAGAUGCCGGGUCUGUGAAACAAUACGCCCGGAGUGCUCAGUGGUAUCAUGAACGGCCGAAUCGGAGCUUCACUUCUUUUGAGAAGUGGUGUCUGCGCAACAUUCCACUAUGGGAGCGUUAUCUCCGCUUGCGACUGUUCCUUAGCAGUGAUAGCCUUGUGGCUACAUAUCUGCCUGGAAAUGCCGCUGAAAAGCUGCGGGCAACAGCCGAAAGUAGUGCACGACAAUACAUUCAUCAAACCGCGCCUAAGAAGUACCACAAGUUUCUAGUGCCCGACUUUCCUCUAGGUUGCAAGAGACGUAUCUUUGACCCCAACUACUUGGAAAGUCUUCAUCGCAGCAAUGUCGAAUUGGCUCCUGUGGGAAUCGAUCACAUUGACGAGACGGGCAUCACCGGCACCGAUGGUGUGCGGACUGAAUUUGAUGCGAUUGUGCUUGCGACAGGCUUCGAUGUCCAACAGUUUGUUGUACCUAUGGAGGUAUAUGGUAAAGAUGGCAAAAGUCUCUCUCAGCAAUGGCUAGAGUCCCGUGGCGCACAAGCAUAUAUGGGAGUCUAUGUCCACAACUUCCCAAACUUUGGUCUGCUCUUUGGUCCGAAUACCUUCCCAGCACACAACUCUGUACUCUUCGCUUCCGAGGUGCAGGUCGAAUAUCUUGCUCGAACAUUGCUUGCACCUAUCAUAGACCGCCGCAUUUAUUCCUUGGAAGUUAAGCCCACCGCUGAAUACCAGUGGGUUAACGCUUUGCAGACUGAGCUCAAAGGAAGUGUUUUCGAAGCUGGAUGUUCCAACUGGUAUAUCAACCCGCACGGGCGUAACUCUGCAUCCUGGCCGGGCUAUGCGUCGACAUACUGGAAGGAAGCACUCAAGUCCCAGGCUGGUAUGUUCAAGGAGGUGCCUCGCUCCAACUUCUGGAUGCUGAACACUGUGUGGCGAUGGAUCAGAAGCACAAAGAAGGAGACCUAUGGCAUGCUUCUUUUCGCUCUUGCAGGAUUGUUCUGGCAUCAAAAGGGUAGCUUGGCCCAUCAAUUGCCGCAUAUUUACCAGAGACUUGCAUCUUCAAUUCUGUAG